AUGUUCCAAAAAGGUUCGCCGUUGGUAGAAGACGUGUCAAGAGAAAUCGCCAGAAUGAGAUUAGAUGGGACUCUAGGAAGUUUGGAGAGUAAGUGGUUUGAUAAUCACUUAUUGGUUCCAGCCAGAAAUUCUACAAUGCCCCAAGCUUUGAAGCUUAACAGAUUUGGUGGUCUUUUUAUUAUUAGUGGGGUCACUUCUAUUUUUGCCCUUAUCAUCUCUGUACUUUACAUACUUCGUGAAAAAAUGGAGGUCCAUAAUAUCAUCUCACUUUUAGUUGGACGUAAUUUGAUGUCCACUGUGAAGUAUCUUUUGUUUAGAAAUGUCAUGCAAAAAUAA